ACCAAUGUCAAACCCAGGAAAGUUUGCUGAAUUGACCUCAAGGUAGCUCUAACACUGAGGUACUCGUUGUAUCAUCUUGACAAAGGACGGUUUGAUAAGAUUUUUCGCUUCACUCGGAAACAUUUUCCUAUUUACGUAGUUUGGUUUUCCGUUUGUUUGUCGCGGGCUCUCGCAGGCUAAUCUAACCGGACGAGAUGCGCCUCACGUUGCAAAUGUUGAUCUCCCACGGCCGGGUGGCCCGGAAGAUGGGCCUGGGUCCACAGUCCCGAAUCAACAUGCUGCGGAAUAUUUUGACAGGACUAGUCCGACACGAGAGGAUAGAAACCACGCUGGCCCGGGCAGAUGAAGUCCGCUUCUAUGCUGAAAAGCUGAUUGACUACGCCAAAAGGGGAGACACAGAUGAGAAGGCAAUGAAAAUGGCCAGUUUCUGGCUGACGGAAAAGGAUCUGGUCCCAAAGCUCUUCAAGGUCCUCGCUCCACGGUUUGAGACUCCGUCAAAAGGCUACACACGGAUGGCACGCAUCCCCAACAGACAGAACCUGGACAGAGCCAAGAUGGCCGUCUUGGAGUACAAAGGCAACCCCUUCCCGCCUCUCUAUCCUGUGAAAAAAGAGAAUGAACUCACUCUCAUCAACCAGCUGCUCAAAGCCUACAGAGAGGACAGGGCACAACAGUUAGCUGGCAGAGCUUAAUUAAAACCAUCCUGGUGUUGGAUCAGUGAUAGUGGUCCCUGAAGGGUGAUGAAAAGCUUCUCAGGAGUCACUUGCAGAUGUUGCAGAUUGCAGACUGACGCAUAUCUUCACCAGAACACUUCCAGCUUCAGAGUCAACCGAAGGCAAGAACAUUUCUGUAAAAGGACACUUAUGACGGAUUAUGUAUUAAUAAAUAAUAUUUCUUAACAUAAGAAGCAGGUGUUUGCUCUAUUUCUCUGAACAUUUGGUCAGCAGGUUAGACCUCUUGACCCAGGGAUAUCUGGCU